AGUUUUGCGAUGUUUUAUCAACACGUCACAAAAAUUUUGUAUUUUGAUAAAAAAUGUGAGCACAAAAUUAGCCAAAAACAAACUACUUAAUUUAAAUUUUAGUUGCUUUAGCUUCCAAAAUAAUAUCAUCCACACAAUGGGAUUCCUCGAGGAUACAAUAAUUGUCUUUGUAUCCCAGGUGCUCUUCUUCACCGGUGGAUGGAUAUUUUUUGUGAAGCAACUCUUUCGCAAUUACGAGGUGCGAAAUAUCCUCGUUCAGCUCAUCUUCUCCCUCACAUUUGCCCUGUCACUCACAAUGUUUGAGUUGAUCAUCUUUGAGAUUGUGGGAUUCCUCGAGACGAGCUCACGCUACUUCCAUUGGCGUCUGGGGCUGACGAUGCUCUUGUUUAUGGUGGUGGCCCUCAUACCGUACUACAUUGCUUACUCCAGCAUAAGCAAUAUCCGUUUGGUGCCACAGAGAUGGGUAAUGCCACUCACCACAAUGCUGUGGCUCCUCUAUGUGUACGGAUUCUGGCGAAUUGGGGAUCCCUUCCCACUGCUGAGUGCCUCAAAGGGGAUUUUUACAAUUGAACAGGCUGUGUCACGUAUUGGUGUUGUUGGUGUCACCGUAAUGGCCAUCCUUUCGGGCUUUGGUGCUGUCAACUAUCCCUACACAAGUAUGACCUACUUCAUACGUUCCGUCUCCCAAACGGACAUCCUUGCUGUUGAGCGUCGCCUAAUGCUCACAAUGGACAUGAUGGUGCUCAAGAAGAAGCGCAUUGCAAUUGAUAGGCGUCGCACUAAGACAACUUCCACCAAAUCCGGCAUCUGGGGCAUGAUUAGCUCUGUCACCCAACGCCCAGCUGGGUCUGAGAACAUUGGACAACUCAGACUUGAGAUUUCAGCUCUGGAAGAGAUGUCCCGGCAACUUUUCCUCGAAGCACAUUCCCUGAAGAAUAUGCAGGAGCGCCAACGAUGGUCAAUGACACUCCAGGGGAAGUAUUUCAAUGUUCUGGGGCAUUUCUUCAGCCUCUACUGCAUGUGGAAGAUUCUCAUUUGCACAAUAAACAUUGUGUUUGAUCGCGUUGGGAAGAAAGAUCCCGUAACGCGUGGACUGGAGAUUGCUGUGCACUGGUGUGGCUUUGAAAUGGACAUUGCCUUCUGGAGUCAGCACGUCUCCUUCUUCCUAGUCGGCUGCAUUGCAGUCACCUCAAUCCGUGGACUCCUUCUCACCCUCACGAAAUUCUUCUACAAAAUCUCCUCGAGCAAAUCCUCCAACAUCAUCGUCCUUGUUCUCGCACAGAUAAUGGGGAUGUACUUCUGCUCAUCCGUCCUCCUGAUGCGGAUGAAUAUGCCCGCUGAGUAUCGCGUGAUCAUCACACAAAUCCUCGGUGGGCUCCACUUCAACUUCUACCACCGAUGGUUCGAUGUGAUCUUCCUCGUGAGUGCCCUCUCCACCAUCUUUGUCCUCUACAUGCUCCAUCGACCACCCGUUGUAGAUGAUUCACAAUGAAAUUCCAACAGAAACAGCAAAACAAAAACUUUUUGUUUCUUCUUUCCCUUUAGCUGUUACGACUAAAUUAUUUCACACAAAAAGAAAUACAAAAAAAAACCAAAA